AGAGAAAAAUCUCAGUAAAAGCAUUAAUCGAUACAACAUCUAAAUCCAAUACUAUUAGCAAACGCUUGUAUAAUAAGCUUGAAGAAGAUUAUGGGUUAGAAGAUGGUACUGAAGUAAUAGAUUUUCAAAUUCGCAAAAAUCUAUCAUUUGAUUUGGUGCUAGGACGGAAUUGGUUAUGGAUGCGUAAAGCAAAAAUAAGCUUUGGAUAUUCUCCCAAAACCUGUGUCCGCUAUGCUAAAAUUGUAAUCGAUGGUAUGAGUAUCCCAUUAAUUGAAGAAAAUAGUAAUAAAGCCAGCUCUAGUAAAAAUAAUUUAUCUUAUUCUAAAACAGAAAUCGAUAAACCUGAUCUAAAUUUAGAAAAGUUUGUAAAUAUGUUUAAGAAAUUAUCUAUAGAGACUAAUUUAUCCAGUUCCGAUUCAGAAUCCACGGGUUCAGACUGGUACGAUCUUGAUCUAAAAAAAACUCUGAAAGAAACGCAUCCAUAUUACAAAGAAAAAG